AUGAACCAAACCCGAAUAGCACUGUCUGGCCACAAGAUAACGUCGUCGACCCCGAAUAUGCUUAAACAUGCCGAUGGGGUGUUUAAAUGCAUCGAAAAUUGCGGAAAGAGUGAAUGCACUGCCAUGAAUAUAGCCUUGUAUCAGCAACGAAGGUUACCUCUGGCCUCCGGCAGGCUGCAGCACGUGGUCCUCCAUAAUUACCCAGCCGCCUCCUCCUACCCCCCACCCCAUCCCCGUCCUUUGUGCACCUCCGUUGCGUGUCAGACACCACCAAUUGAUCACCUCGACAACUGA